AUGGGACAAACAGCAAAUGAAGAUUCGAUGAACGUCAAGAAGGAGAAUGAAGGGAAAACACCUUCAAGCACAUCUUCUGUGCAAAGUGAUGAGUUUAACUGGGACAUAUAUUUGAAAGAGACUGGAUCUGUAAGUGCUCCUUCAGAGUACUUCAGACAGUCCAAGAUUCCACCAGCUAAUGACUUCAGAAUUGGUAUGAAAUUGGAAGCACAUGAUCCUCGCAAUAUUGCUUCAGUAUGUAUUGCUACAGUUGUUGGAAUGACUGGGGCCAGAAUACGUUUACGGCUGGAUGGUAGUGACAACAGGAAUGAUUUUUGGAGACUUGUAGAUUCCACGGACAUACAGCCUAUUGGGACAUGUGAAAAGGGAGGAGAUUUACUUCAGCCUCCACUGGGGUACCAAAUGAACGUAUCAUCUUGGCCAAUGUUCCUCUUGCGGACACUAAGUGGAUCUGAUGUGGCACCUGCGUUGCUCUUUAAGAAGGAACCACCAAAGCCACCCCUAAAUAAUUUCAAAAUAGGGAUGAAACUUGAAGCUACUGACAAAAAGAAUCCAUAUUUUAUCUGCCCUGCGACCAUUGGAGAUGUUAAAGGAGAUGAGGUGUAUAUCACAUUUGAUGGCUGGAGCGGAGCAUUUGAUUAUUGGUGCAAGUAUGAUUCUCGAGAUAUUUUCCCAGUUGGGUGGUGUUGCCUGACAGGAGAUGUAUUACAACCACCUGGAAAUAAUGUUCCACCUGCAAAGAAGGUAACCAAAACACAGUCCUCCCUUUCUGAAGGGACCCAGCAGCCAAUGCAGUCUUCACAGGAAACUGUCGCGAUACUACCAACACAACAGAUAAGGAAAUCAAGUCGAAUUAAACCAACAGCACAUACUUCAGUUCCCAAGAAGGGCAGUUGUCUCAAAAAUGUAACACCAAGGAAAAAAAAGGAAAAAAUUAUUCCUGUGUUGUGUUCUACAUCUUCAGCUUCUCUAAGGUCUCUGACUAGAGACCGUGGCAAUAGGGAUGCCAUUCCUGGACCAUCUAAAAUAGUGAUGUCUACAGUCUGUGUCUAUAUAAAUAAACAUGGAAACACUGGCCCUUACCUGGAUGCAAAGAAAAUCCAGCAGCUGCCUGACCACUUUGGCCCAGGUCCUGUGAAUGUGGUACUCCGGCGGACUGUGCAGGCCUGUGUGGAUUGUGCCUUUGAGGCAAAGACUGUUUUUGGAUUUCUCAAGCCAGAUAAUCGUGGAGGAGAAUUGAUAACUGCCUUCUUUGAUGGGGAAAACCAUGCCAUCCAGCUCCCUCCAGUGAAUAGCGCAUCAUUUGCUCUUCGCUUUCUUGAGACUUUGUGUCACAGUCUGCAGAGCGAUAAUCUUUUGAGUAGCCAACCUUUCAGCUCUUACAAGGACAAUACUGAAAACCCUGUGGAACAUGAUCAAAAUAAACCAGUGAAAGAGGAAAUAACUGAACAGCAAAGCAUCAAACGAUCUCCUGAGCAAUCUAUACCUUGUUCUGUUCCUGUCUCUCCUAAGCUGCCCAAAAUAAUGAUGCAUGCCUCUAAAGAAGAAUCAGUUUCUCCUGAGAAACAUGUCAUACCCAAAGAAGAAAAUUUUUCUGAAGAUUCCAGAAGUUCAACACUGGGAGAUUGUUUAAAUCCUGUCAGUGGAAAUCUUACGCAUACAUCAUUCUCCAAGAAUUUCCCUGAAAUUGUGUCAAGCACUUCAAGUUCAGCCUCUGAUGGGAACAAAUCACCUACCAAGAGCAGUUACUAUGACCCUAUAUUACAAAUCCAGAAGAAAAGUGAAGAUCCAAGUUAUAUAGCUGUACCUGACCCCAGUGUCCUGAAACAAGGCUUCUCUAAGGACCCUUCAACCUGGUCUGUGGAUGAAGUGAUACAGUUUAUGAAACAUACAGAUCCUCAGAUAUCAGGCCCCCUCGCCGACCUCUUCAGGCAACAUGAAAUUGAUGGAAAGGCUCUGCUUCUACUCAAGAGUGAUAUGAUGAUGAAGUAUAUGGGCUGA